AUGUUUGGUUCCUUGACAAGAAGAGUCGUCAGACAUAAUGGUAUCUGUGCUUUCAGACCUACUGUAGCCCAAUCCGGUCGCCAUGCUUCGACAGAAACACCUAGACAGCAUGUUGCUUACGAAGAAGCUCUCAAGUUGAUCCAGACUGACAAGAAAGAGCGUCUCCAAAUGCUCUCUCAGGUUGAAAAGGAACUUGUUCGUGUUUGCAAAGCUACUUCACCUGCACAGCCUGCUCAACUCCAAGCUCUCGAAGCUCUUCGAUACGACCUUCUUGUCAAAUCCGAAUUGAACGAUCCUCAAGUCCAAAAAGACUACAAGCUUGGCAAAGUUGAUAUGGGACGCCCUGUGUAUCGUUACAUGCGCCAGCGCGAAUUCCAGAAAGUACCGCGUGCAAAGUUGAUGGAGCGUAUCACCCAAAUGAACGUUAUUCCUGAUGUGUUGGCUCCUGGUUUGUCACCAAAGGUUGAGGUUUCCAUAAAGCUUGCUGAUGAGCAAUCUGUUGUUGAGCCUGGUGUGUUUGUUCAACCCGAGCAGACUGUUAAGAAACCCGAGAUCGAAAUCACCAACUUCCACACUGACACACGGUUGUACACCUUGAUGCUCGUGGAUCCCGAUUCACCUGAUGUGGCUAACCAGACAUACCAACAGCACUGCCACUGGUUAAUAACAAACGUACCAUUGUCUGCCACAGAACCCAUUGUGAAUGCUGGAGAUUCUGUAUUGGAUUAUGUUCCUCCCCAUCCCCAAAAGGGCACCAAAUAUCACCGUUACACACUCGUUGCCUUUGAACAGCCCAAGGAGGGUCAGGAGAAGGUUGAGAUCAAGGUCACCAACAGAGAUAACUUUGAUAUCAAGACAUUGGCUGAGACCCACAACCUUUCUGUCAGCGGUGCUUCUUUCUUCCGUCAGGAAUGGAACCCCAGUGUUUCCAAGAUCUAUGAAGAUGUAUUGGGCACUCAAGAGCCUGUUUAUGGCAAGCCACCCAAGGUCCAGAACUACAUCAAGAGAACAACUUACUUUUAGAUUGAAAAAAUAAAAAGAUAAAAAAUAUAAAAUG